AUGAAUCAUCAUUCAUCAUUGGUUUCCAACAUGUCUGAAUUCUAUGGGUUCUGUCGCGAGGAGGAGGAAACCACGUUUGAGGAUGCCCUCGAGGAGUACGAGUCGAGUAAGAAGGCCAAUGAGGAGAACAAUACUGCCGAAACUCAACGUCGUCCCAAUGAUGGAGAACGCGAGAAGCGCCGUGGAGCCACCCACACCAUCCAUGAUCAUGUAGCGCAACAACUGCAACGCCAAACCACAGCCAGCCAGUCAACCGCUUCUCAUGGCAGCCAGAUCAGUAAUGCCGAGUCGUCCGCAAUGGAAGUCGAUCCCAAGACCCUGCAACGCACUCCUCAUAGUAGCGAUGCUUCCAAGCAUGCUCCACUAGCUUCGUCUUUGUACAUGCAUGUGGAUUCUCAGGCAAGUGUCGCCAGCGUUUCCUCUCUCAAUGGUUUUCAGUCUGAUGUGCUCCCUCUCCGCCGUCAUUCUAUGAGCUCGACGUCCAUGUCGCAGCCUCAAGUGUAUCAUGUCGCCCAUAGGGCAUAA